AUGAGCGAUCCUAAGUCGAUCAGGGAAAGGAGAGACAGCCCGCUUAAGGCAACCGCCGACACUCAGCGCGGCCGCGCCGUCAUCCUGCUGUACAGACAGUGUGGCUGCGACGAAGCAGCAAGGCAGAAGAGAGUGAUGAAUUGGAAGCGAGACCUGGAGCAGUUUAUGAAGGCUUAUCCUCAAAAUACUCUGUUUCGUGAGUUGUUCAAAAAGAUAUCCUCUGACAUCAGACUGCUGAUCCAUUCUCUCAAGACUGAAUAUUCCAAGAGACUGAUAGCUUCUGCUGACAACAAAUCUAAGGCUGUAUGGAAUCUAAUCAGGAAGGAAACUCCCAUCAGGAUACAGCGAUCACAGCUGGGCUCUUUUCAGUUUGAUAUUGAUGGUGAGGAGGUUCAGCCCUCCACCUCGGCAGGGUUCCUGGGAGUGACUGUCGACCGGAAUUUGGCAUGCGAGACUCUAAACUGCUUUAUUCUAAGAAUUCAGCGAGCUGAAUAUGGAACCGAUGUGAAAUGGAGAAAUAUGAGUAAUCUGAUGGUUAGCAAGUCAGCUCCCCAAGUUGGAGGUUCUAGGCUCAAAUCCAAGGCGGUAAAGACUGGCCCACCACUGCCAGUCGCCCCGCAACCGGUCGCCCGGCUGCCACCAGUCACCCCGCCGCCAGUCAUCCGGCCGCCACCGAUCGCCCGGCAGCUGGUUGCCCCGCUGGUCGCCUGGCCGCCACUGGUCGCCCGGCCGCCGCCGGUCGCCCUGCAGGUCGCCCCACCACCGGUCCCCCAGCCGCCGCCGGUCACCCCACUGGUCGUCUGGCCGCCACCGGUCGCCCCGCCGGUCGCCCGGCCGCUGCCAGUCAUCCGGCCGCCACCGGUCGCCCGGCCGCCGGUCGCCCCACCACCACUGGUCGCCCCACCGACGGCUGCCAUCCCACCACCAACAGUCGACCUGCUGCGGCUGGCAAUUGUCCCGCCGGCUGAGAAGGGCAUUCUGAGCACAGUCAGUGGCACUCAGAAUGUACUUAUAGCUAAACUAUAUCUAAGGAGAUGGUAG